AUGCGUGUAAUUAUCGUCGGAGCUGGCGUUAGUGGGCUCAACAUGCUCUAUACUCUCCAGAAAUAUGCUUCUCAAGUCUCCUAUGUCAUCUAUGACAAGAAUCCUGAGUGUGGAGGUACCUGGUACGAAAAUCGAUACCCUGGAUGUGCUUCUGACGACCCAUCCCACCAUUAUCAAUAUUCGCACACACCAAACCCAAGUUGGAGCUCGGUCUUUGCACCGGCAGGAGAAAUCAAGGAAUACUUGAAUCGCUUCAUCGAUAAGAAUGACUUACGGAAUAACAUCAAGACGGGAUAUAGCGUCUCCUCCGCCGAAUGGCAUGAAGGCUGUGGCGAAUGGGUGGUCAAAGUCAGGGAUGAGCGGACCGGCAGCGAUUUGGAGGACCGUGGUCAAGUUCUUGUGGAUGCCACAGGAAUCUUCAAUAACUGGGUAUGGCCGACUAUCAAAGGACUACAUGCCUUCAAAGGCCCUUUGAUCCACACUGCAAACUGGCCGAAGGAUUUUGACCAUCACGGUAAGACAGUAGCGGUGCUUGGAAACGGUGCGACUGGUGUUCAACUUGUACCAGCUAUGCAGCCAGACGUCAAGAAGUUGAUCCAUUGCAUACGCUCCAGAACCUGGAUUGCAGGCCCUAGCGAACCUGUUCAAUUUUGCCAACAGUUCACCACUGACUCCUCGGAUCGCUUUCCUGAAGAGUGGAAGCAGAAUCUUCUUGAUAAUCCUGAAGAGUAUGCCAAGCUUCUGUCAGACAUUGACCACUUGUGUAAGAAAGAGAGGUUCAAGACGAUCUUGAACGGCUCCAACGAAGCAUUGCACUCCCUCGUGACAAUCACCGAAUACAUGAAGCAAGAGUUGGAGGAAAAGCCAGAACUGAUUGACAUUCUUAUUCCAACCGGGCCAGUUGGAUGUCGUCGUAUCACAAGUUCAGUCGGAUACCUCAAAUCACUUUGUGCACUUAAUGUCGAAGUUGCCAAGACCCAGAUCCAAGCAGUCUCUACGACAGGUAUUCUUUUAGAAUCAGGAGAGCAUAUUGAAGUGGAUGCCAUUAUCUGCGCCACUGGCUUCAAUACAUCUUUCGUGCCCCGCUAUCCAGUCCUAGGAGAUAAUGGACGGAAUUUGCAGGACGAGUGGCGCGAGGAGAAUGGAGGCCCAAUUGCUUACAUGAGCGUCAUGGCUGAGGGAAUGCCGAAUUACUUCAGAUUGUUAGGCCCCAAUGGUCCACUUGCGCACGGAGCUAUCCCACGAAUCAGCACUCAUAUUUGCGACUACGUUCUUGCUCAUAUCCGUAAGAUGCAAUUCGAACAUCUUGCUUCUGUUCGACCCCUACCUUCCGCUGUCGAAGACUUUAAUGAGCAUGUGCAAACAUUCAUGCCACGAACUGCGUGGGAUGGAAAGGGAUGUGGAGGCUGGUACAAGAGCAAGAACGUUAACGGAAGCGAGCAGAAGGUGAUUGCACUCCAUCCUGGCAGCCAGACUCAUUGGGAGAAGAUGUUAGCGAAUGUCAGAUGGGAAGAUUUCGAGUUCAGGGCAAAGAGCGGAAGACAAACCAACAGAUUUGGAUACUUGGGCAAUGGAUUUGCUGUAUCGGAGGUCGAUAACGGACAACAGAGUGAUUCGGAGCUGGAUAAGGUCAGGUUUUGCAUUUGAUUUGCACACAUAUUGCGGUCGGGUUAGGCUUUCUUUUUUUCAAGUUGGGCAUUUGAUUUGCACACAUAUCGUGGCUGGGUAACCG